CUCCAUCACUCCCUCCCACCCACCACAUCCUUGCGGCGUUGGGGCGUUCGGCGGUCAUUGUAAGCACAGCACGGGAGGGAAUAUUCAUCGCAAAGAGAGACAAUGGCCACACCCACACCAACCCAGCCUUAUCCCGGCCCGGGCAUGCCCUACCAGGGAGCUGCUUCUGCUGCUGCUGCUGCUGCCACUGCCAGCCAGCCCGCUGCUGCCCCCUCCGCUCCCUCGCAAGCUUCCUACGCUGGUGACUCGCGGAGCUUGCAGUCUCCCGCCAGCCAGUAUGGCCCUGCUCCGCUCCCCGGGUACAAUUUCGACAAGUACUGCGUCAUCCACAUUGCCACCACCUGCGAUGAGCAUGGGGUCUACGUGACCAAGGAUAGUGCCGAGGUGAUUGAGAUUGGAUGGGUGGUUGUCGAUGCUCGUGACCCUUCUUUGCCCGAGCUACACCAUCAAAGCGUCCUCGUCAAGCCGGUCAACACCCCCAUUACUCCCCUCUGCACCUCGCUCACCACCCUCACCUGGGAGCAUGUCCGCAAUGCCGGCACCUUCCGCGAUGCCAUCGAGACCUUCAACGGCUUCGCCACCGAGCACUUGGUGCCCAAAGACGCCGCACCAAAUGCCACGCCAACCUUUGCCUUUGUCACUCUGACUCCGUGGGAUCUCCGUGUGCAGAUGCCUCGCGAGGCUCGAGACAAGAACGUCGUGCUGCCCUCCUACCUGCAACACCCCAUCCUGUUCGGCCUUCGAGGCGAAUACCAGGUCUUCCAAUCGCACCACCCAGAGACCUUGGCGUUCAGCUCGCAAAGCUUGUCGUCCAUCUGUGCCGGUCUGGAAGUGGAGGAGGUCCGUUCAUCCGGCAAAGUCACCGGAGGCCUGCCGUUCCACCUCCAAGCACUCGCUCCUGCCUCGCCGAGACGAGCGCUUGAGGAAGCCCUCACGAUGACGAGAUGUCUGCGCUCGCUCGUCCAAAAGUCGCGACCUUCGCAGACCAACCCGCAUGGUGACCCGGAUAUCAUGGCUCGCCCCAUCGAUGCUCGAAGCGACGUGCGCGCCUUCUUGAGCGAGCGCUCGAAAGUGCUACAUCUCAGCGGCCUCCCCCACGACACCACUCAAAGUGAGCUCGAAAGCUGGUUCACGCAGUAUGGCGGCCGUCCCAUUGCGUUCUGGACCCUGCGCACCCCGGAAGGCGGCAAACCCAGUGGAAGUGGAUUUGUGGUGUUUGGGAGUCACGAAGAGGUACGAGCCAUCCCAUCCCCUGAUCCUCGUGCUUCCAUUCUCCCUAUUUUUGGUCUUGCCAGCACAUGUUCUUCUUCGUUGCACAACCGCGCACCCGAUGUCACGCUGCUGCGCACAUGCUGUGGUUGCGUCAUGACGUGGCUCACAUGCUGUCCGACUCGGCUGUGUUGACUCGUCUGCCUGUCUUUCCCUUACACUCCCUUUUGGAACACCUUCACACUUUCCACACUCCUCUGUUCUUUCUACACUUCUCUGCUCUUGUCGAAACGACAACCGCAAUGACAAUUCGGACUGACUCGUGUUGGCAGGCCGCUGAAUCUCUCGGCAUGAAUGGACGGGCGCUCAACGACCGAGCGAUC